GUUCAACCGCCCUUCUCUUCUUGGCAGCCCAAUGAGAAAAAGAAGAAAAGGAGAAGUAGUUUACAAUUUUAAUUUCCGGAACAAAAGUAAUAAUAAUUUAUUUCAUUAUUAAUUUUUCUGUCCGAAGUCCAAAUAAAUUGUACAGAUCAUGGCGGGAUUCAAUUCUCAGCAAUGAACAAUCCCACCAUUUCAUCUUAUUAGUUCUUCCUCUUCUUCGUUCCCCCACUUUUUCUCAAUCUGCCGCUUUCUUCACUGCCCAUUGCAGAUUAUUACUCUGAACCCUGCCUCCAUAAUGAUGAGGCAAUUGCAGAUUUGGUUGUUUUCUUUAGCUGUGAGCAAAUUCAGUUUCUCCCAGUGUGUGGUUUGACAGCGUAAUGCAUCUUUUCCAAUUAUUAACAAAGCUAUAUGGUACCUGGAAGGUAUUAUAAAAUGAAGCCGCAAGCAGUUUAUGAUGUUGAACUUGUCAGUUCUACUCAGAGUAUAAAACAUGAAUUUUGGCCUUUAGAUCCAAUCGAUCCGGUUCAAUCAAAGUUCCCAUGCUGUUUGGUUUGGACACCUCUUCCUGUUGUCUCUUGGUUGGCACCUUUCAUUGGCCAUGUGGGGAUUUGUAGGGAGGAUGGAGUCAUUUUAGAUUUCGCAGGAUCAAAUUUUGUGAAUACCAAUGAUUUUGCAUUUGGUUCUGUUGCAAGAUACCAUCAACUCGACCGAGAGAAAUGUUGUUUCCCUACGAGCUUAGCUGCACAUCAAUGUAAGCAGGGCUACCAGCAUUCACAGUAUGGAACUGCCAUUACCUGGGAUGAUGGCCUACUAUCAAGUACGCGGUAUUUCGAGCAUAAAUCAUACAACCUUUUUACGUGCAACUGCCAUUCCUUUAUUGCCAAUUGUCUGAACCGUCUUUGUUACGAUGGAUCGAUGAGUUGGAACAUGAUAAAUGUAGCAGCUCUAAUUCUGUUCAAGGGGCAUUGGGUUAAUGGCAUGUCCAUUAUAAGAUCAUUCCUUCCCUUUAUACUGGUGGUCUGCCUGGGCAUUGCCAUGGUGGGAUGGCCCUUCUUGAUUGGUCUGUUAUCGCUUUCUCUCCUUUUGGUUGGUUGGUUUGUUCUGGGUACUUAUUGUAUAAAAAGCCUGUUGGAAUGCUAGAUUUGGUUGAACAUUUGUGGUUGAGAAUCACUGAGUGAUGGUUCUGUAUCCAUUCUUGCUUGCAACUUAAAAGAGAGAAUGUUUGUUCAUAUUGUUGAACUUUGGACUUCAACGGUUGAGUUUCAUAUAAUGUAUAGAAAGAUACUAUUUUGAUUAUUUUUAAAGCAGCAUUGAUUUUGUGAAA